ACCGGGUGCGGCGUGUGCCUGCUGUACCCACCUCAGGAAGGAGGGGCAACUGGGAGAGAGGGCGGAGACUCCCGGAGGACACUAUAACACCCCCCCUGGUGAGGGGGUGGAGCUAUCAGCGGUGCCGGGUAACCCCUCCCCUUCUCAUUAUAGGGGCGGACACUCAUUUUAUAACAACAUGAAGAGCGCCCAUCUGCUUCUCUGACACCAGUGCCCGGGUAUCUCCUCCAGCGCUGCCACCCUCCAGCCAUGCGCGACUAUGAUGAGGCCACCUCAUUCCUGGGGGAGUGGGGACCCUUCCAGCUCUCCGUCUUCUUCCUCCUCAGUGCCAGCACCAUCCCCAAUGGCUUCAAUGGCAUGUCUGUCACAUUUCUGGCUGCCACUCCGGAGCACCGCUGCCUGGUGCCCGACAGUGCCAACCUGAGCCAGGCUUGGAGAAAUGUCAGCAUCCCGUGGGAGGAGAGGGACGGGCAGCGGGUGGAGAGCAAGUGCUGGCGGUACCGACUGGACUCCCUGACCAACUACUCUGCCCGGGGGCUCCUCCCUGGGGUGCACGUCAAUGUCAGCGACAUCCAGAAGGAGAAGUGCCUGGACGGCUGGCACUAUGACCGGGACCUCUACCACUCCACCGUGGUCACCCAGUGGGAUAUAGUCUGUGACAAUGACUGGAAGGGGCCGCUGACAACGUCUUUGUUUUUUGCUGGUGUUCUUACGGGGUCUUUUAUUUCUGGACAGCUCUCGGACAGCUUUGGAAGAAAGAAGAUCCUCUUUGCAACAAUGGCUGUACAGACUGGCUUCAGUAUUAUCCAAGUAUUCUCAACCAGCUGGGAGAUGUUUGCCAUCCUCUUCCUCAUUGUCGGAAUGGGACAGAUCUCCAAUUACGUGGCAGCCUUUAUAUUAGGAUCUGAAAUACUUGGCAAGUCUGCUCGUAUUAUAUUCUCAACCUUAGGCAUCUGUAUAUUCUUUGCAAUUGGAUACAUGAUUCUGCCUUUGUUUGCCUAUUUCAUCCGGGACUGGAGGAUGUUACUGAUGGCCUUGACUAUUCCCGGACUGCUGUGUAUCCCCUUGUGGUGGUUUAUUCCUGAAUCUCCACAGUGGCUUAUCUCUCAGGGUCGGAUAGAGGAGGCAGAGGCUAUAAUAAGGAAGGCGGCAAAACAGAAUAAAAUGACUGCACCUGCCAUCAUCUUUAAAACUGCUGAGCUGGAUGACAACAAACAGCUCCACACCAGACGAUACACUAUAUUGGAUUUAGUGAAGACCCAUGACAUACGAGUCAUCACAAUACUUACGAUCAUGUUUUGGUUGACUGUAUCUAUUGGAUAUUUUGGUGUUUCCCUGAAUACCCCAAAUCUGCAUGGGGAUCCAUUUCUGAAUUGCUUUCUUCUGGCUGUCAUUGAAGUCCCAUCAUAUAUCAUAGCAUGGCAGCUUCUUGGACGUGUACAAAGGCGCUAUUCAAUGUGUGGAACAAUGCUUCUUGGUGGAAUUGUGCUGCUUCUAAUACAACUUGUACCACAAAGUCUCCAUAUUUUGUCUACUGUUUUGGUGAUGGUGGGAAAAUUUGGAAUUACAGCAGCUUUCUCCAUGGCAUAUGUAUACACAGCUGAACUUUACCCUACAGUUAUACGAAAUAUGGGUGUAGGUAUUGGUUCUAUGUCUUCUCGAGUAGGAAGUGUCAUCUCUCCAUACUUCGUCUACCUUGGUGCCUAUAACAGGCUGCUGCCUUAUAUCCUCAUGGGAAGCUUGACAGUAAUUAUGGGAGUUCUCGUGUUGUUCUUCCCAGAAACCUAUGGUAAACCUUUGCCUGAAACCAUGGACCAGACACAAAAUGUAAAAGGACUGUGUUGCAAAAAGAACUCUCCAAAAAAUCUUUAUGACACUUCAGAAGAAGUAAAAAAUGGCAUUACAUUAAUCACCACAAAGUUAUGAUGUUCUGAACUAUAUUUAUGACCAACAUGGUGUAGAAUAAUGUCUAUUGCCAUAUGUAUUGUGCCUUUAAAGGGGUAGCCCAGUGCUGAAAAACGUAUUGCCUAUCCUAAGAAUAGGGGAUAAGUUUCAGAUA